AUAAUUAGCUGCCACAGAUGAUUAUUAUUAAUUAUCUUACUUGCAUGGAGUAACUUUGGUUGGGUCAAAAACGUAUCGAAACUAUACGUUGUUUAGAAUCUUAGAAACUUUCAAAUGCCUUUGCCAAUUGCUCAUUUUCCUCGACAUAUACAACCAGAGAUGAAGCUCUAGAUAGACCGAUAAAGUAGAAAUGUAGAAAUCAAUCAACAGGUGGAGUUUUGUCAUUGCACAAACUAAAGUCAAGGUUCAUGUCAUUUUAAAUUACCUCUACCUACGGUGUGCUGAUGAAAGUCAUUGCUGAACAAGAACUUAACAUCCCUUCUUUGAUUAGUUUUGAGUAUCUAUAUCAUCUACAUAAUCUUCGUGACAGAUUCAGUUGGCAGAUAGAUACUUUUGUGAGGAACGUAUCGACCAUUUUAAAAUAAAGAGCUGCACAUGCGGGUGAUACACUGCUAGUUGCUAAAUAUUCUGUAAUUUAUUUAGAACAAGCAAGACUGGAUGGGGCAUUUUGCGAAUAUGGCGAGCAAGAAAAGCUCGACUAUAUGAAUCAGCUUCGUAGUAACGGUGUAAUCAACAUCGAAAUGGAAUCGAUACCAUUCGCAGCUCUUACCCAUCAUGCGGGCAUAAAGGCAGCCAUUGUCUGCGUCGCACUCUUAGACAGAUUAAAAGGAGAUCAAGUGAUGGCGCCUAAGGAGGUUUUAAACGAAUGGCAAAUGAGGCCACAGAAACUGGUAGCGAGAUACAUAAAAAGGUACCUCCAAAUGAAAGGUAGGCUUUCGUUCGAGGGUCACGGGUCGAUGGCUGUGAAAAGUCCUAGGAGAUUCAAACUGGUCCAACAGGAAUCCGAAACUUUUGACUAAAUUUGAGAAUGCGAGCUCAAAUAUUCACUAUUUAUACGUGUAGGCUAUUUAUUUUACGUCUAUUAUUUUUGUUAUUUAUUAUACUAUAUGACAUAAUUGUUUAAAGUGGCACAAAUACUCUAUAUUACUUAUCACCCUUAGUAGGUAUGUGAGGAUAAAAUAAAGGGUGUUUCGCUAGCAGAGACGUGAAAUAGAAGAUGCAAACUAUCAAACAAUUUUCUAUUUCACGUACUAAAUGUAACAUUGUUUUGAAGAAAGCAAAUUCUAAAUAGCUUUUAAAAUAAAGUAAAAUAAUUCUGGGCAUUACAACAUAUCAAUGCUUUUGAUAUUUUGAAAGCUUUUCUUUGGCUUUAAUAACUAUUCUAAUACAAUUAAUUGAAAUUUAUAUUAUUUAGAAAGAGUGCUUAGUCAAAAUUGGUAGAAUAUUUUGCAUUUUGUAUUUAUAUUUUAAAAACAACUUAGCUACGUCAAAUUAACUAUCUUUUCCUUUAUGAAUUUUAGAUAUAACUUACGAACCACCCUGUAUAUUAUUACACUUAUGUUGUUCGACAAGAAUACUUAGAUGUGUAUUAAUUAGUAUAUUGGAGGUGUAGUAUACCUCACUAAUGGCCAACAAAUUUCUUCAAUUUUCUAAUAAGUAAAGUCUCUAAAAUAUUAAAUUUAGAUUAUUGUUAUUGUUGCUAUUGAUUAAAAAUGUUCCUGCUGUGGAUCGGUUAACAUAAAAAUUCGAAAAGUUUCGGUACUUUGCCUGAUAACGAUUGCAAACAAUGGGUACGUCGUCAAUAAAAAGGUUGAAAAAUAAAUAAAAAUAAAUUGUGAAGAAAAAAUAAUAUCUAAAACAUAAUUUAGAAUAUAAACGCUAUCUGUGGACAUAAUAAGAAAUAAAAUUUUAUUUUGUUUUAUUA